CUAAAAGCUUAUUUGCUGCCACUAUUUGCGUAAAGUGUGUUCUGUUUACGUAGAACGACUCAGGUGCUUAGGACGAGCACAGCCGCGUUAGCUCUCAUUCAGACAGUAGCCCAUUCACACAGUACACAAACACCCAACACAGCAAAAUGGUCAGAACCAAGAAAACGGCGAGACGCAGAGCGGUAGUGAAAGAAGAUGCACCCACCAGCGCAAAGGAUGCAAAUGCCGCAGAUAAUAGGGAUGAAGUAGUAGCCACAGAGUCGAAGAUAGCGUCGAAUGGUGUAUCACAAGUUGGUGUACAAGCCCCUACAGAAAUUGAUCCGAGCGAUGCGGUUGAGGCCACUGGGGAGGGCCAUGCUGCUGAAAUGAACACAGCUACAGUAGAUGGCGUCAACGAGAAUCCUGUGAAGAAGAGGGGAAAGAAGUCUGCAGCUGACAAGCUUGUGGAGGGCAGCCAAGGUAACCAAGGUAUCCAUAGCAACACAACAGUGGAACAGCUGCUGGCAAACGCGCCCGAAGGAGCCGCGGUAUCUGGUGAAACGGCCGUUAAUGAACUGGUGAAGGGGAGUGAGGGUGAGGGUUUGGUAGGUAAUAGUGCGAAUAGCAAGUCACAGAUCACCAAGGGGGCUAAGAAAACGGAGGAACCCAAAACCCAACCGAAGAAUGUCAGCAAGAAUACGAUGGCUGCUGAGGCCCAGAUUAAGAUUCCCAAGAAGGCCAAUGCUCAUGCCAGCAAGGCUGAGAAAGCCAAGGCUCGGAAGGAGGCGGCUAUUCAACGCAAGAAUGGGGGUAUAGAUGGAUCUGAACUCAAACUGCUACUGGAUGAACACGACUACCAGGCAGUGUUGACUGCGUUGAAAGCUAAACACAAUUGGGGAGCUAUGGCUGUUGAUGAAUUUGCGCGCUCAUUGCCGUACAAACGGACUGUGACUGUGUACAACGCAGACGUGCACAUUGGAGGCAAAACGUACCACGGUCACUUCUACUCAAAUGCAGCUCAGGCACGUCGAGAGGCAUGCAAAGGGGUGUAUCUGUUACUGCGGAGCUCAGUGAUCGCCAGCGUUCCUAAAGAGCACAAGACGACUGAACUGACUAUGGAGAGACCCAUGGCCGCGUACACCACCUUCCCACCCGCUCUGACCCGAAGGGCAGUAGAAGCACCCGCUCUCACAGUCACAUCAUCGUCUGCCGCCAAGGCUGCGAAGCCCACAAAGCCCGGGGACCGGCCCGAGAUCAGUAUUGAUCACAAGCGAUACAUCAUGCAGUUCUCCGACCGCUACAAGAUUAAACCUAUUACUAUGGAAGUAGUUGUUUUGACCGAAGCCAAAGGCGGGAACGAGUUUCAAGGCAAGAUCGAACUUCCCGGAUGGUUCAACAUCACUGGUCCUGUUUGUGCUAGUAAGAAGGCCGCGGCAACAGCUGUCAACGUAAUCGCUGCUGAAACGCUGAGGGCUCGGGUGGUAGCCGAGGACCAUCCCUACAAGGAGGUGGAAACUCCCAUCGUUAUCAACGGCCUACAAAUACCCAGUAGCGCAGGCACUAAACGCACAAGAGAGGUGACAGACGACACGGGAGAGCCAGCCACGAAGAAGAAGCGCAUAAUACUCCCAUCUGAACGGGCUGCACCGUAUACGGACGAGAAUGGAGUGUUGACAAUGCCGCCUGUGGUUACAGUUAAGGCCGACAACUACAAAAGCGCUCUCGUGACUAUAAGCGAAGGCAUGAAAUGGGGCAAAGUAACGUAUGCAGAGGAGGUGUCUGGAUACCAGCACUCACCACUGUACCGUUCGAUUGUCACCAUCAAGGGAUUGCAAACCAAAUCGUAUACAGGACCUUGGGUGCACCAGAAAAAGUUAUCGCAAAGGGCAGCAUCCAAGCGAGCGUUCGUAGAGAUGGCAGUCAAACGCUUUAAGCCCCACACCAAAAUCCCAGACAACCAGACAAUUAAGGUCCGAGUGGUGACGGAUAAAGGGGUCGAGGAAGUGAUCAAUAAGAAAUUCAGAAGCGAGCUGGAUGUCAGUGACAAGAAGAAUAUGAAGGCGCUGGGGGUGACUAAGAAUACCAGGCCUGGGAUAAUCGAAUCUGGCAAGAACACUGCCAAAACAAGGGGUCUGCCCAGAACAGGCGGUAACUCAAGCAGAGUGAAGAAUGGUGCUGGACGGUCUGGUCAAUACACCAACGGCGUGUACCAGUCGUUGCGAUCGGGGCAAAAGGGAUCCCCUUUGGUGGAUGGUAGCGGGCAAGCGCAAGCACAAGCACAGUGGUACGAUUACAACAACCAGGCAGCUUGGGGACAACCACAGAUGGAUAUGAACAGCGUACCGCCUGGGGGUGCACCAAUCAACGGCGUAUCGCCGCAGCAAAUGAAUGGCAUUUCGUUCACACAAGGCCAUUCCGCUUACAUGAAUGAGGGCUCUUAUGCACCUAGAUCGAACUCAGCCACUUAUUACAACAACGAUCCGUACCAGGCGUACCAACAACCGCAACAGCAAUCGCAGACCCCAAGCUACACCCAGCAAACAAGCUACUCGCAAAGCUAUGGUGCACCGGGGAUGUCGUCCACUAGCAGCACCAGUCAGGCAAACAAGGCGUCAACCGAUACCGCUCAGUCGAACUAUUCCCAGGCCCAGGGCUACUCGGAUUACCCAGCUCCAGGCACAACGUCCCGUCGCUAUUAAAUAGAGGGCGUAUCUGCUUAUGUAUUAAGGACCGGUCGAGUGUGCCUACCUAUACCUACCUGCCUAUGCCUGCCUACGAUAGGCACACUGUGAUAUUAAUUGAUUAGACCGUGAGAGGGAUGGAUUGUCGCACUCCCGAGUGACCAUGGCUCAAUAAACUGUGACAGCUAUUUGUCAAGAGCAGGAAUGCAAUAACCCACUCUGUGCGUUUUACUAUAUGUGAGAUACUAUAAGACCCAGGCGGCGUUCUGAGUGGACAUUACAAUACUGGGCCGCGUGACUCCUUUCUGGACCAGCUGUACUACCAAACACGUACAAAUAUACCACCCACUUAGACAGGGGUAUUGUCCGAGCAAUGGCCUUUCACUCUGACGCUUAAGGUUGUGGUCGUGCAUAGUUUGAAUCGUAUAUGAUACAUAUCUGUAUGUCGCUACAGAUUUACCAAAAUAAAAGAUGAGUGACC